AUGGCUGAGAAGGAUCCUGCCACAAUGGCGGACAAAGACCUGGACGCAGUCAAGGACGAGCGCAUAGAAUAUCUCGACGAUGAACCGAUACCGUACGACGAUGUCAGCUAUGGCCCUGGUGGCAUGCGCGGAUUAUGGCAGUCACCGUAUGUCGUCGCUGCGGCAUUCCUGGCCUCGCUGGGUGGUUUCUCCUUCGGCUAUGACCAAGGAGUCAUCUCCAUCAUCAAUACCAUGGAGCAAUUCCAUGAGCAAUUCCCCCGAGCCGCGACACCGUUCGGUAAAGGCUUCAUGACUGGCAUGCUGGAAUUUGGAGCCUUCAUAGGUGCAUUGGCCUUCCCGUACCUCGCCGACAGGAUCUCUCGGAAACGAGCUCUCUCAGUUGUGACGGUCAUCUUCAACAUUGGCGCCAUUAUGCAGACGGCUGCGCAAGAUUAUGGAACACUGGUCGCCGGACGCACGAUUGGUGGAAUUGGAGUGGGGACACUGGCACUGGGUGCACCAUUAUACAUCUCCGAAAUCGCACCGCCCAACAUUCGAGGUUCGCUGCUAGUACUGGAGUCUAUUUCGAUCGUCUCUGGCGUCGUGAUAUCUUUCUGGAUCACAUACGGGACCAAAGAUCUCGCGGGUGAUAUCUCCUUUCGACUGCCACUCGGUCUCCAAAUGGUGUCCGCGACGCUGCUCGCUAUUUUCAUCAACUUCUUCCCGUUCUCGCCACGAUGGCUGGCGAUGAGAGAUAGGUCGGACGAUUGUCUCAAAUCGCUAUCUCAGUUGAGACGUCUGCCGGCUGAAGAUUCACGAGUGCAAGCGGAGUUCACUGGAAUCAUGACUGAGGUCCGAUUCCAGAAUAUUGUACAGGAACGCCGCCAUCCUGGUGUCACGGGCAUCAAGCGCGAGAUGUGGUCGUGGCUGGAUCUGUUCCGCAAGAAGAUUUGGCGUCGUCUGGUGGUCGGUGUCGGUGUCGCGUUUUUCCAACAAUUCAGCGGCAUCAACGCCUUCAUCUACUACGCCCCCACACUAUUCGAGUCCCUCGGCCAAACCCCCGAAAUGGCCCUGAUCCUCUCCGGCGUCUUCAACUACCUCCAACUCGUCGCCGUAGCCGUCUGUUUCGUUGUCAUCGACCACGUCGGCAGAAGGCCUUUAGCCAUCUGGGGCGGUUUCGGGUGCUGCAUCUGCUACAUCAUUAUCGCCGCCUUAUCUAGCGUCUACGAAGAUGACUGGAGCCAAAACUCCGCCGCGGGCUGGGCUUGCGUAGCUAUGGCUUUCAUGUUCAUCCUCAUCUACGGAGUCUCAUACUCGCCUUUGGGCUGGGCUCUUCCACCGGAGGUCUUUCCCAACAGCAUGCGAUCGAAAGGUGUGGCUCUGUCUGUUGCGACGAUUUGGCUGUGCAAUUUUAUUAUUGGGGUUGCAACGCCGCCUAUGUUGGCUAGUCUGGGAUAUGGGACUUAUAUCUUCUUUGCCGCUUGGUGUGGGCUUGCUGGGGUCUGGGCCUUUUUGUUUGUGCCAGAGACGCAGGGUAAGACCUUGGAGCAGAUGGAUGAGGCUUUUGGGGAUACGAGUGGGCAGGAGGAGAUGGCUAUCAUGGCUGAGGCGCAGAGGACUGUUAGUAUUGCGCCGGAGAAGGUGGUGACACCUUAGGGGUGCGGCAGCUCUGUUUGUUUGGAACUCAGGGCCCAAAGCAUGUGAGUCAAUCAAAUUUAUUCCCACGAACUCUCUGCUUCCUCACACGUCUCAAGGUCUGUACUCGCCA